AUGGAUGGAGAAAUGCAGAUGAUUGAUAAUCUAUCAGGAUCUGUGUUCCACCAUUACUGCUCUCCACCAAUCAGACGAGACGGCAGGAGCCAAUCAGGAGAGAUCUGGCUGGCUGAGGUCGAGAAAACGUCUCUGAUGUCGGAGCAGCUGUCAGAUAAAUCCUCCUCACCGGCGCUGCCUGAUGACAUCAGCCUGGACGAGCACAGCGACCGUAAGGAGCACGGCAGCGCUGACCUGAGCACAGGUGAGCUCGUGUGCAGAAGUGUUCUUCUUCAGAGCGAGGCAUCCAGCCCAGGGCGAGACCGACGGGAAGAGCGACGUGAGACGGGGCACCACGGAGGUCAGGCCCCAUCUGUGUGUUCUGCUCUCUGA